AUGGUAUUUUCUGUGAAGAGUAAUCCUGCAUCUUUGUUGGAGUCUAUGCGGCGAGUUUUACCUGUCCAACAAGUUGCAACCGAACUUGCACAAGAGCGAAAAGAUUACAAGCUUGGCCUGGAACGGAGCUCUUGUGAACCCAGGGACCUUCAACUAUCAACAGACAUACUUCUGAAGAACCCACCAGAAAAAUGGGAAGAAUUCUGUUCCUUUUUAUUCAAGUCGAAGCUCAUCUCCCAGGUAAAACGAGAUGUUGUUUUCCAAAUCCUGCACUAUAUAAUGAGUGGUGGAAAAGAACCGACCCCUUUUCAAUGCCAUGGUUGCUGAAGGAGUUCACAGUGUGACAAGAUCUAAAGAGCUUGUAACUGCCCUCAAUCGCCAUGGUGUUUGUGUUAGCUACAACACGGUUAAGAGAAUUGAUUGAUGUUGGCAUCGCGGAACAGAUAAUAUCCACCGCAGGUGACAAUAGAAUACCACUUCCUCCUGUCCUAGAAUCAUCAAACUCACUCAACACAGCCAUGGAUAACUGUAAUGACAAGUACACUUGUCGGCACAGGUUCCACACAUGACACCAUUCUUGUUCUUUUCCAGAAUGUCCCAACCAACAAAGAAAAUCCAUCAGACGAAAGUGAUACAUCAACACAACCUUUUUCCACUCAGAGCAGGACUACAGUAAAGCUUAGAUCUAAAGUCAGUUGUGAACAGCUUAUCAGAAUGGGAGCAAUGAAAGAACAUGGACAAAUAGGUGAGAAUUUCGAAGUAUUGGAGUCUGUUUUCAAUCCGUAUUCAACCUUUACAGAAAGAAACAAUCCUUCAAUGUCUGGAACACCCGCAACUGGCACCUCAACAACAGAAUCCACCUCUGUAACAUCAACGUCAACUGAUUCAUCUUCAACGACAAAGGUUUCAUCAAUCAGCCUUUGCAAACUGUCAAUGAAAUCGAUACGUUUGGACAAUUUCCUUUGGUUGGUGAAGUGCUUAAAUGGAAAGGCAGUGGAGAUGGGCUAUGUUGUCCCGGGAUUUUAA